AUGCACGGGACGCGCUAUGUGGCCUUGCCCGCGCAACUCGUACUGUCAGAGGACGCGGCGCCCUACUCCAGCAAGUAUGACAGCGUCGACCUGGACAAGGUGCUGGCCAGCGAACGACUCCUCAACAGCUACUUCCAGUGCCUCAUGGCCGACACAGAAGAGGGCUGCACGGCACACGCCAAGUACCUCAAGAUGAAAGUGAUCCCGGACGCGCUGUCAAACGGGUGCAGCCGCUGUCACCCCAACCAGCGUGAGGGAGCCGAAAAGGUGAUCAGGUUCCUCAUGAAGGAUAAGCCGUUCAUGUGGAACAAACUGGAGGUCAAGUACGAUCCUGAGGGCGUGUACAGGAAGAAGUACCAGAAGGAGUACGACACGGCCAAAGGAGAGGAAAACAUAGAACCCUGCCAUCCCAGGCGCUCUAUGGAAUGGAUGCAGUCGCUGUCGCCAGAGGCAGCGACAGGGCGCCGAGAAGGUGAUCAAGUUCCUAAUGAAGAACAGACCGGACUUGUGGAGCCAACUGGAGGCCAAGUACGACCCGGAGGGCGUGUACAGCAUAAAGUACGAGAAGGAGUACCAGAUGGUGAAGGAGGAGCAGAGCGCCAGUGA